CCCGAGUCCCGUCUGCCCGCCGCACAUUGGCAAUGUCGAGCAGGGAGGAGCCCCACUUGGAGCGGCUUCUGCAGUCGCUGUUGCAUCGUCUGGCCGUGCCUGCCACUGAUGAGCGGCUGCGUGUGGUCAAACCCCUCGACAUCAUUGACCACAGCAUCCCUGAGUCGGCCACAACGACCCCUUACGGCCACACGCCCGACGUCAAGAUCAGGAUCUUCCGCAAAAUGCGUGCAUUCGGCUUCCGCGAUGUGGCUGUCGUCGGCCACUACUAUGGGUCUAUGCCGCGGGUGGAGGACCGAUUCGUGGAGCUGCUGCGGGCGGAGGAGCCGCGGAUGAGCGGCUGCUGGUUCAUGCUGGGCACAGGUGGGCAAGAGGGCUAUGGUGAGGGCUCACAUUGGUGCCCUGAUGAGCGGCGUCCUGUCCUUUGUCAGGCGACGAUGAGGCGUUGUCACGUCUGGAGGCGUCGGGCAUCCCCAAUGUGAUGCUCGACUACACAUUUGCGGACGCCCGCACAGGCAGUAGCUCACUCGACAGCCUCAAGACCACCAUCGGCCGCAUCCAUGAGUACUUCAGGAAGCUCGACAGGGAGGCGGUUCUGGCUGCCGACAAUAACGGCAUGCCUCACUUGGACGAUGUAGCGGGUCAGUCUGGGCAUCAGCGCCUGAAGCGCAAUCACCUGUACAUCAAUUUCGUCGAUCUGCUGGACUUCAACAUCACCAUGGACGCGCCACAAGUGAAGGUGAGGUGACAUUCAUGAGUGUCAUUGGUCGAGGAUAAUGCACGUGUCGGUCUCAUUGUGUUUGUGCGUGCAGGAAGUGAUCGAUUUCCUGUUGUCGGAGACCAUUCCGAUUCUGAAAGGCGUCUGCUUUGAGGGUGCAAUGAUCUGAUUUAUCACUACAUCCGAGUGACCCAGCGCCUCCGGUAAGUCCCAAGACUAAGCAGUGAACAGAACCACCACGGUCCUUGUUUUUUGUCUUCAGGGCCUCAUUUCCGGCGAGUCGCUUCAAGCUGCUGGUGCACUCACACGCUGGGCCGCAUGGCGAUAUCUCACACGCGGCGGCAUUGGAGUGCGUGGGCCAGGGGGCGGACGGCAUCUGGGCGAGCUUCAUCCCUCAGGCAGCACAGACGGGCCACAACUUCUCAUUGCAGUACCUCGCCACGCUGCACAGAUAUGGAAACGAACUCGUGCAGGAGUUCUACAAACUCGACACGGUCGGUAGUCGAGCAGCCAGGGGCCGUCCGUUAUGUCACGCAGCCACUUAUCUCUGUGUUGCGUGUUGUGUUCUGCAGGCCGCUGAGACGGCCCGGUCGCUUCAUGAGUUGAGCUUCCCUGGCCAGCCCGUCCCGGCCGACUGUCCCAUCUUCGGCAGCAACGCCUACUCGUGGGUCCACAGCGUCUUCAGACACGACAGACGGACACCGAGAGGGCUGCCUGCACGAAUGGUAUGUCACCAACGGGCACUAUGAGAGAGGAGAAUAGCGUGUGUGCCGUUAUGUGUAGAUUGGUGCGACAGAGGGUGCGCGGCUGGCUCCGAUGACGACCGAUGUCGACAUGCUCUCCCAGCUAUUAGACGGCCUCAUCGGCAACGAUUUUUCUUCAAUGACGGCGACAAAGAAGAACAUAUACGCCCAGGGCGUUUUGACGACGAUCCAGUUGCUGCUGAGUGAGGGCCAUCAGUGCAACUUCAACGAUCCCAACAACCUCAAAUACAUCUACCGACACGUGAGAAGAGCAGGAAAGGCAGAAGCAACGAAAGAAAGACAAGUGAUGACUUCCUUUGUGCUUAUAGGUUGACAAGGUGAGGUUUGGCGUUUCUGAAACGCCCUCAAUCAUCGAGGGGCCACAUGUACCCCAUCUGCGGCGGUGGCUGAGACGGCCAUCCGAAGACGCGCGGCUCCAGCUGCUCUACAGGCAAGACGAAACAAGUGUGAAUCAAGCAGUGGAUACGUGAGGAGAAUUGCCUCUGUUGUCUGUCAGGUCGACACGUGACGGCGACACAUUCGCUGACUUCAUGGGCAAGGUGGGGUCGGCCCGCCGUCUGCUGUUCGCCGUCAAGAACAACAGCAACAAGUUUGGCGUCUUCUUCGACGGGCCCCUCAACCAACCGAACAAUCCAACAUCCAUUUAGAUGACCACAGGCGACCUCUUCCUCUUUUCGCUCAGCGGCAGCUUCCCUCAGCCCACACAGAUCCACCCACCGCAGGACAGACAGCGGGUGCAAGUGGCCG